AUGGCCAAGAGCCGACUGAGAAAGAUCUGCUUGAUCUUGCUCAUAAAUGGCCUGGCAACGCUACCGGCCACAGAAGAGGAAUGGAUUGAAGUGGCAAAGGACUUCGAAUUGCGAUGGAAUUUCCCUCACUGCCUGGGAGCAAUCGAUGGCAAACACAUCAGCAUAAGAAAGCCCCCUCAUUCGGGGUCUUUUUACUAUAACUACAAGAAGUUCUUUAGUAUUGUGCUAAUGGCUGUAGUUAAUGCGAACUACGAAUUCCUGAUGGUAGAUGCGGGAGUAAACGGCUGCGUCUCUGAUGGAGGAGUCAUCACCCAUACUGAUUUCGGACAUAUGUUGAGCAAUAAUACUCACAACAUUCCGCAACCCGCACCCCUCCCUGUGGGCCCUCGCGCCCUUCAUCCUUUUACUUUCGUGGGGGACGAUGCUUUUGCUAUGACCGAGAACUUGUUGAAGCCCUAUAGCCCAUCGGCUGCAUGCAGGUUGGACUUGCAACAGCGCAUUUUCAACUAUCGUUUGAGCCGUGCGCGUCGAAUUGUAGAAAACGCCUUCGGGAUUCUUGUCUCUCGAUUUGGCAUGCUCCAAAGGUCCAUACUACUUUCGCCCGAAAAAACCUCAACGGUAACUUUAGCAUGCUGUUAUCUACAUAACUUUCUGAGAAGGAAAGUUGCUUCAUAUAUCACACGUGAAUCUGUCGAUUGGGAAGACAAGGAAGGAGAUGUUCAGGACGGCUCAUGGCGGCAACAAAACUUACCAAUACAUGACUUACAGGCAAACACUAGUCGAAACUCCACCAACAUAGCAAAGUCGACAAGGGAUAUGUACCGCGACUUCUUCUGCAGUUAUGGGGCUGUUCCUUGGCAAUGGAACAAGUGUUCUUAA